GAAGAGACUCUCCCGCCGACGGAACUUACCUGGCUUCUCGAGUUGCCCCUGGCUCAACUAAAAUUAGUAUUAGCCAGCUGCGGGCUUUCGACACGAGGCGAGGAAGAUGUCCUUAAAAAUCGUCUCAACCGGUACCAUCAGAUGCGUCUCGGGAUCCCCGAUGUCAGAUGGAAUCCCGAAAUUGAUCGCAUACCUGCCCACGCUGAGGUCAUCCCAGAAUAUCUAGAGCCUGGCCCUCUUCGCGUUUAUCUAAGAGGCCGCGGGGUGUCGGAUAUCGGCGACGAAGAUACGCUGAGGAAGCGCAUGCGUCGAUUGUUAUUUAGAGAUGAAGGAAAAGACGUACAGUGGGACCCGAUUGUCGAUGGUACCCCAGAUCGUUUACCAAUUAAUAUCCGAGCGAUCUCACGAGAUCCUCCAAAAGAGAUCCCGAUCGUGACAUUACACGACGACCCCGUCCAAUCAGUCCCCGAGACUACCCAAACCAACGCCACGACAACAGAGGGUGGGCGGAGACCUUUGACGUUUUCACGUCCGCCUCGAACGCCUAGAGCGAGAUCGGUGCUUGGAGAGGCUGCCCUUGAUCAAUACGCCACUCGUCGCGAGUUCUCUGAAGUCCUACAAAUUUACGAGGAUCGACUUUACUCGAUUUUGAAUAGCUGGCGCAGUGAAUUGGCGCCUUUUCUUCCGUCGGCGUCGUCACCAGUGGGUGCUGACGCGUCGGGGCCGCCCAUGCCAGACAUAAGCGCAAUCCCACAUAUUACUCGGCCCUCUUCGCUAGCGAGAACUACCGUUACGACCGUCACAGGCACUCGACCCACGACGAAGAGGAGUCAGGCGAGCAAUCCAGGCCAAGCGUUGGUAGGUGGAUCCAACGCACGAGCCCACGGUGGUCACACGUGUACUAUCUCGCGUCCGGUAGUCCGUUUUCAGGAUGCCGGCGAAGACUCGAGAGGUCGCGAGGGUCGCCAUUCCUCGUCAAGCAGCGAAUCCUACGACAAUGACCAUUCAGGAAGCUCGGACUACAUGUCGACAUGUUCCUCUGAUUGCUCUCGACGGUCAAGUAGGCAUCGGUCACCGUCGCGCGGGCGUGAACGCGAUUAUGGAGCUAUCGCGCGUAAUUGGCAGCUGAAAUUUUCGGGAGAUUCGAGCAUGACGAGCGAUGAGUUCUUACGAAGAUUGGACGUAAAAAUUCGAAGUGCCUCUAUCCGUCAGCGCGAUCGUUUAUCUGUCUUACCCGACGUAUUCACUGGUAUUGCCGCGACGUGGUUCUCGGCACACUGCCACGACUGGUAUGAUUGGUCGGAUUUUGUUCGUGAUUUUAACUCAUGGUUCCGCAGUGGGCGGCGUCGUGAAGAAAUUAAGGAAGACAUACGCGCGCGUAACCAGGGUGAGGAAGAGAAUGGCACUGACUACCUGAUUUGCUUGAAAAGCCUAUACUCACGUCUGAGGGCACCUCCCAGUGAGCGCCACCAGGUGAAACGAGCCCAGCGAGGGUUGAGGCCCGAGUACUGGCGAGCUUGCCCUCCUAGGAAGUACAGGUCGUACUCGGAGCUUCUAGAUGCCGCCACGGCCCAAGAAGAAGAAUGGAGAAGGGAGAAGAUGUACCGCGCACCCCCUUCGAAGGACGACUCGUACGUGGCUGAGUGCGCUUACCCCCGCUCGUCGAGAUCUGAUAGGAGGAAAACCCAUAUUCAUGCGGUUGCUGAUGUCGGAACUCCUGAAAAACCGACGAAGAAGUCCACAAGUGGUCGUAAAAGCAGAUCUAAAAGUUCCCGAGCGGCACCAGCCGAUCCGAAAGCCGACGAUGGUUGUCCAGAGGAGGAAGUAGCGGUGGUGAGCGCCGAGGAAGCCAAGACAAGGACGUCAAAUGGGGAUAAGUCGCGAGAUUUGCGUCGCCGGUUACGUUUCUGUUACAAUUGCGGUGAAACAGAUCAUUUUGCGUGGACCUGUCUGAAUCCCCAUCGUGAUGUCUGCCCUCGGUGCGGUACUCUAGGCCUCACGGCUGUAACUUGUACGUACCCGCAGCGCAAAUUGCCGUUGCCAAAAAACGACGGGGCGGGUCAAGUUGAAGUACAUGCGGUACCUCCCGAAUUUGUUGAUACGUUUGUAGAUUUUGAUAUUAUAGAGACCCUAUUGUCACCGGCGUCGGAAUCCGAAUCAUGUCACGUCUUGGACGAUGCUUAUUGGGACUUAAAGGUCGGUCUGCCACGUCCGAUGGUAGUGAUUUCUUUGAGAGGGAAACGAAGUACCGCCAUUGUCGAUACUGGGGCCAAAACUACGGCUUUUGGCAGUUUUGCUGCAGAGAUAAUGGACUCUGGAUGCUCGGUGCUCACCGAAGUAACUCCAACCCGCUUUGGAAUGGCUAAUCAUACCAUUGAGACCGGCGGCGGGGUUUUGGACCUUGAGAUGUCGCUAGAUGAUGUUGAAUUGGUGCGAUUCCCGGUCCAUUACAUUCCGAGCCUUGGAUCGCUCAACUUGAUU